CAUCAUCAUCACUGCAGCCUCAGUCUAUAGUUGGUCGGCGUUGUUUCUUCCUGAUAGGAACUCUCUACAUGUACCGCUGUGUCACCAUGUACAUCACCACCCUGCCCGUCCCUGGAAAACACAUGGUCUGCGCUCCCAAGCUGUAUAAUGACUCUACAGGGAAGAUCUGGAGGAUACUGAGGCUGAUAUCAGGAGGAGGUCUAUCCCUGACGGGUUCUCAUCUGAUGUGUGGGGAUUUCUUGUACAGUGGACACACUGUCAUGUUGACGCUGUCCUACCUCUUCAUUAAAGAGUAUUCACCACGGUGGAUGUGGUGGUACCGUUGGCUUUGUUGGUUACUAAGUGCCAGCGGUGUACUCUGCAUCCUAAUUGGUCACGAGCACUACAGUAUUGAUGUGGUGAUUGGCUACUUUGUCACCACUAGGAUCUUCUGGUGGUACCACACCAUGGCCAACACACAUGCACUGCGUCAGGCUCCUAACAACUACCUGUUGAGGACCUGGUGGAACCCUAUCUUCAACUUCCUGGAGAAGAAUGUGGAGACGACAGUCCCGGUCGUGUUCUCUUGGCCCGUCGCUCUGCCCAGCAGCUGCACACAGCGGUACCGCAUGGUGGAGACAGGGAGAGAUGAAUGACAUGAGGGGAAGGAGAGAGAGAGAGGGAGGGACUGGUGUUGAAAGAGAGGAGGGACUAAUCUGCCUCAGCUCUUUCUGUUCUCCUUCCAAUCCCUUAUUUCGAUGUGGAAGUCUGUGCAGUCUGGGAUGAAAGGAUGACAAGAUGAAUGAAGGAGAGAUAGGAAGAGGAGAGAUGAGUUAAGACAUCAGUGAGGAAGAGGUGGACACGUAUGGGACAUUAAAUGAUGAUGCUGAUGUCGACAGGUUUUACUGAAGGUUUGACAGAUUUAUCAGUUUAGCCGAUUUUCGGUAUAGAUUUUCACAAUUAAAUCCAUCAUUUCAUCUGUUUACUUGGCAGAGAUUUUGGAUUAAAACUAGGCGACCUAAAAGCUCCAAAUAAUCCCAAACUUUAUUUAAAAGAUUUUUAAUAUUUGACUCGCAUGUUAUAGUGAUCAUCCUUACAUUUUUUUACUCCAGUUCAGUUUCUAUGGGGGUAAAUGCUUUUGAAAUCUCACAUCCACCAAAACCGUUGGCAUGACGUCAGCUGUAUUUUUGUCCCAUAAAGGCGACGCCUAGAAACAGAAUGUAGUGGCUGGUUGCUCACAUGUGCUCUAAAUAGAGACCGCACAGCCAUGCGCUGGUAUGACCUGCAUACCAGGUGGUGCUAACAUGGUAACAGGAUGAGGUGAUGUAACAGAAGAUAGACUGGCACAGAAAGAAAAGAUAAAAAAGGAUGAAAGAACGGUAUGGCUGAUAUUUUGACCCAAAUCUCUGAUGGACCAAUAAGAAACCGCCCCAAGGAUUUCCAUCAAUGACAGACAGUGCCUCUCUGUGAUGUAAUAUAGUGUCCUAACAUAAUAUCUCGGUACCAGGACUGCAUAGCCUGGGUGUCGGAGCCGGUUGGUGAGGUCGUCUAAUUUUGGCGGUCUGCUGGUUCAGGAUGAGCCUGAGUUGCCCUGAAUCCUUACCAACAUCAACAAGCUUCCAUUUUGACCAAGAAACUCUUCUCAGAAAGAAAAUAUCAUAGAGAAAUCUUCACUCGAACCUUCAAAUUAAAGAAGAAGCCGUUACUUGUUCCUGACAGUGUCGAGAAAUUAACGUAAAAGAGCACUGUGAAUAAAAUACACCAGCCUAGUAACAUCAGGAGAUAACCAGCACUUUGUACAAGCAACCACCCAACCAGUUAUCUUCGUGAGUCUAAAAUCUGUGGAUGAAUUGCAUCAGUUAUAGAACGAACCAUGACGAUGUGGAUUGGUGACUGUGGGACGAACGCUGCCAUCAGAAUCCUAAUUUUGACUGAGCUGUCGCUGUGCUGGUUCUGUUUUAUUUCAGAACAGAACCCAGUACCCGCUGAACACCAGUGUCAUCUUAGAGACCAUACUCCAUAUCGGCCAGUAAGAAAAGCCCUUACUUUCACCGCACUGUUUUUGCCCAAUAGAAACCUGAGGAAUAUUUGAUCCCCUAUUCUCUGAUGUGAACUAAUAACAAAUCACUUAAUGUCGUCUCUUCUCAUAUCAACAAAUGAGAACCAACAUCUUCCCUCUCCAUAUCUCCUGUCGACCAGUUGAACACUGGCUUACAGAAUCUUCUUCAACCUAUAAGCGCCUGGAGGAGGGAUUACAUGGUGAGAAAUGGAUGUUGCUUCUGCUCUGUGGUAUACAGGCUAACAUUUCCCAGUGGGGAGAUGAGCUUCCUACUUGCCACUGUUACAGCCCUUUCACAUAAAACAAGAGAACUUUACAGCCUCCGAUUCCCCAAGUCACCCCUGUUGAUGCUCUAGUCAAACCCAAAGUGAUGUGAGAUUGACAACAAAACAGUUCGUAUGACUCGAGUCGCACCAUCCCGACCACUUCAUGGACUGGAUGGUGUACUCACACUGAGGCCUCCAUCAUGGUGCUCCUCCUUUCAAACGAACAAGUGUUAAGCUGUAAAAUCGGUUCAUGUUCUUAACAUCAUCAUCGUCAUGGUGACGUGGAAAGAAUUGUAAACAGACUGCAAUAAAACUGUUGGUGGUUGUGAUUCUGGUUCACAAAACCUCUUCUGGAUUAUUAAGGACCUCCGUCCAACUCAUACAACUCUUGGGGAAAAAAGCCUGCCCAAUGUCUCAGGAGAGAGGUGCAGGCAUGUGACGUGAAUAUGCUCAAACAACAACAACGCCCCCUGGAGAGCAUGACCCUUCCAUUGGAGAUGUGUUGGCACAGGAAGUGAUGUCAAGCCAAAGGGAUUAGAUUCUGGUUAUGAGGCUGGUGAAAAGGUCUUUCAAACAUCUUUUCAGUUGAAAUGGGAAAACAAAAAUUCGGAGUACUGCUCAUUGAAACCAGUCGCUGUCUUGUUUGCGAGCAAAACCCAGUGUCAUUCGUUUCAAUUAUAAAUGCUAGCUAGCAAUGCUAACUAGCCUUGUUUAACUAAGCUGAAGAAUGGAUAUUUAGGUUUUCCACCGUGCCCAACAGAGCCGCCAAAUUUUGAAUGUCAAGAACUCAUUUAAAUAUCAGGUUGUUUUGUCGGCCUUAAGCUACCCAAGGGUCCAAUACAUAUUUUCCCAGUUGUACUUGUUUGUUUGCUGUUGUUGUACUUGUUGUUUUGUACUGUUAAAAGCAGUUAGAGAACUGAAACAGUCAGUUAAACCUUGUCUUUUUCACCA